CCUGGCUCAUACGUCAACAUACGUCAAUCAGAAAUUCUUCAAAUCAAUCUCGCGUCACCUGUUGGAACACAAUCCAUUGCAAAACCAUCCAGAAAUUCCAGUGAAACAUGAACGAACGAGGAGAUAGGGACAGCGAACAAGAUACGUGGUCUAAAAUCGUUGAAACGGUCCGAAACACUCCCAAGUCUAUAUUAAAAUCUAUCAGGGCCACGAUUCGAGCUAGUGGAGGAGCGAAAGAUGCUGACAGAUUGAAAACAGCAGGUUUCGGAGAUAAGGAACAAGCCGCGUCGAAAGUAUUUGGGACAGAUCGAGAAAUAACUUUACCAGAAAGAAACAGAAGCACACGCUCUGUCGCUAAUCAAGCCGAUGUACUGAGAAUCUCCCAAUUUAGGCACCACUCCAUCACCUUACUUAUAACAAAAAGCAGAGCUAUAGGCCUGUAGUUGUAAGGAGAAUCCGCUGGAUAAAGGGCACACUUUCUAUAAGUCCAGCACAUUUUUGUAUCCAGAAAAGGAGCACUAUGAAAAAUACAAUAUGCUUCAGGGGUACAGUAAUAGUAGCGCAUUUUUGGAUUCACAAUAUCAGCUAUCCAAGCAAGCUAUAUCAAGGCAGUAUAAGUCAAGACGGAUGCUUAUGAAGAGUUCUGAUGUUCAGGACAGUGAGUAUUGCCAGGAAUUAUUGUUUACAUCUCAAAAAAUUUAAGGAAAGAUUAAUUUUCAUUUCAUCAACAGUAUCAAAAAAUCGGUCAAGACGGAUGCCUAUGAGGAGUUCUGAUGUUCAGGACA